AGUUUACGGCUCAAACUUUUGGUGACUUUCUGCAACACUCGGCCUUGAAGGCCAUGUCACUUCUUGUUGAGCAGGUACCACCCUCCGCUGUGAGGGAGUUUUCCAAAUGGAGCCAGUCCACAGGUCCACUGUCAAACAAGAGGAUUGUGGUCCCUACAGAGAAUUCAUCAAGCCAGAAGAUCAGUACUUGUUUGGCGCUGGGUGUUCCGGCUGGCCUUGUGGCCGCGCACUCACGCCGGCGAAGGAACCAUCGUAAGCGCCUUGCGCUCGCGGCAGCUCAAAGUCAAACAUCUGUGACCAAUGAUACCCUCAAAGGAGCAGCGAAGGUCUGCUCUGAAUGUGGAAACGUAUUUAUGGAGGAUGACAUUUUCUGCCGCAAAUGUGGGGCACCGCGAUCCGGAACACUUGGAGUUGGACAGAAACAGGCUUCUCCGAAGGAAGAGGAACCGAAGAAAGGUCACUUCCCACCCAAAGCAACUCCAUUGUUGGAUUCUCUUGGUGACGAGGGUACCCAGCGGAUUCGCAGCAUGAAUGUCCCUGAGCUGAAGCAGCUUGCAGAAGAGGUUCGAUGGCAGGUUCUCGAUGCAGUAUCUGUCACUGGUGGACAUCUGGGUGCUGGACUUGGUGUCGUGGAGCUAACUGUUGCACUUCAUCACGUGUACGACACCCCGCGGGAUGAGAUUUGCUGGGACGUGGCUCAUCAGUGUCAACCUCACAAGGUUUUAACGGGCAGACGCUCGCGAAUUUACACUCUACGUCAGGGAGGUGGUCUUUCAGGUUUUGCAAAGCGCAAGGAGUCAGUCUAUGACGCCUUCGGUGCUGGACACUCCUCAACUUCCAUCAGCGCCGCUGUUGGCUUUCAAACAGCCAAAGAUCGUCUGCAGAGGUCUGGACAUAGCAUUGCAGUGAUUGGAGACGGAGCAAUCACUGGUGGCAUGGCCUGGGAAGCCAUGAAUCAUGCUGGCGGCCUGGGCUCCAAAGUCGUGGUGAUCCUCAACGACAAUGGUCAAGUGUCUCUGCCUACCUUUUACAACCAGGUCAAGCAACCAGUGGGUGCCCUUUCGGAAACUCUGGCUGGGACUAGCACUGCAGAAACUCGAGGCCUCGACAUCCAGGGCAACAUCGCCAAGGUUGAGACUUCGCAAGCCUUCCAGAACGCCCGACAGUUUGCCAAAAAUGCCACCAAGCAGCUCUUGCCAGACCAGCUGUCAGCUGCAGCCGCAAAACUGGAUGAGUACACUCGCGACUUUGUGAAGACAGUACCAUUCCGAGGGAGCGGCUCGGGAAGUCGCGGAGAGCUCUUCGAGCAGUUGGGCUUCUACUAUGUUGGUCCCAUUGAUGGCCACGACAUGGACACCUUGGUGCAGGUCUUGGAGAACAUCCGGCAAGACCACGAAGAUGGCCUCUUGCAGAAGCCCGUCUUCUUGCACAUCAAGACCAAGAAAGGCUAUGGCUACGAGCCUGCGCAGAAGGCAAGUGACAAACUGCACGCGGUCCAGCCAAAGUUCAAUGUUCCAAAAAGCCCAGAUGAGACGCAGAAGCCAAAACAGCCUCCCUUGACCAAAGUCUUUGCAGAUCAGCUGGUGCGUGAGGGUGAGCGGGAUGAAAAAGUCGUCGCGAUCACUGCAGCCAUGCCUGGAGGAACUGGCAUUGGGAUCUUUGAGAAACGCUUCGGUCCAGAACGCACCUUCGAUGUGGGUAUUGCAGAGCAGCACGCUGUGACAUUUGCGGCUGGACUUGCUGCCGGAGGCCUUAAGCCGUUCUGCGCAAUUUACUCCACGUUCUUGCAGCGAGGCUACGACCAACUUGUGCAUGAUGUGGCCCUUCAGAAGCUGCCCGUGCGUUUUAUUCUUGACCGAGCUGGCCUCGUUGGGGCGGAUGGCGCCACACACUGUGGAGCUUUCGAUUUGUCCUACUUGAGUUGCAUUCCAGAGAUGAUGGUUUGCGCUUCAGCUGAUGAGGCUGAACUUUGCCACAUGAUUCACACUCUGGCACAAAUCGAUGAUGCGCCGACUGCUCUUCGGUUCCCGCGAGGCAGUGCCUAUGGAGACAUCGAAAUGCCACCACCUCGCUUUUUGGAGCCUGGAAAAGGGCGCAUCGCACGGGAGGGCCGAGAUGGCACACUUGCCAUUCUGUCCAUUGGAGGUCGUUUGCGAGAGUCGCUCAAGGCCGCAGAGGAACUUGAGAAGAAAUACGGCAUUUCAGCAACAGUAGCAGAUGCCCGUUGGGUGAAGCCACUAGACAAGAAGUUGGUUGGCUGGCUUGCUUCAGACCAUCGCGCAGUGAUCACUAUUGAGGAGAACGCAAUUGGAGGUUUUGGAUCCCAAGUGCAGCAGGUUUUGUUAGAUGGUGGAUACCUUGAUGGUAUGGGCAAAACCCCUGUGGCCUUGCGAAGCAUGGUCCUGCCAGACAGAUGGAUUGAUCACAACACACCUGAGCUUCAGUACGAUGAUGCGAAGCUCAACGCACAGCACAUAGUCGACAAGGCUCUAGCAGUCCUGGAUCGAGUUGGUGUGAAGGUAAAGUCAAUUGUACAAGGAUGAUGCGAUGGAAAUGUCAAGUGGCAGAAUUAUGCCGAUCAGCUUUGUUCACACGAGUUUCAACUUUUCCGUUCGGAAGCUCUCUGGUGCGAGUUCAAG